GACUCUCCAUCCCCAUUAUCCUUUUCCCGUCGUUCCCAGACCCUUGCGAGUUAUUUGACCUGCCUACAACCGUGUCCGCAACUAAACCCGUUCCGCGCCGCCUUCUGCUCUGCCUCUUGGAGGCUAGCUAGCUCCCUUGUCCCUGUGUCUGCAUCGCGAUUAUGCCGACUCCGUCAUCCUCCGACCCGUCGCUCGCGCCCCUUCUACGAUCAGCAUCGUCCUCGACGUUAGGCCCGCCGAGCUCGCAGGCUUCUAUCAGCGAUGGCGCCUCGGGUUCCAAGGCUCGGUACCGGACGCGUGCUCUACGCAUCAUCGUCUUCGUCGUAUCCGUCAUCGCCGCCCUCGGGGCUGGUUCCAUCACCGUCUUCUCCCUCUACAGCCACCUAUUCCAAUCGCGAUUGCAUUAUACGCAGUUUCAAAUCAACGGGAUUGCUAGUGCCAUGAGCAUUUCCAUGUACAUACCCGUCCCAGCCAUUGGAUACAUGUGUGAUCGCGUAGGGCCCGGACCGCUCUCCCUGAUGUCGGCGAUUCUACUCGGGAGUGGCUACGGCUUAGCUGCCGGCCUGUAUCGCAAGGGUUUAGAUGAAGCAGACGCUGUCGGGGACCGGUCCCAUACCACAUUCGCGCCCAUGGUCGUUGCCUUCGUGGCUAUCGGCGUGGGCACAGCCUCCCUCUAUAUAGGCGCGAUCACGACUUGCGCGAAGAACUUUGGUAGAGGUAAAUAUCGGAGUUUGAUGCUGGUCGCCCCUAUCGCGUCCUUCGGCCUGGGCGGUAUGGUGCUCAGCCAGAUUGGAAGCCGAGUUAUUUACGAGACCCAGCCGGACGGAGCUAGGGGAGAUGUGAACGUUUUCCAUUUCUUUUUGUUCCUCUGCAUUGCGCUGACCGCCAUCGGGCUUGUCGGCACUUUCUUCUUGCGUAUUGUGGAUGAGCAAGAUCUCAUCGACGAGGCCGUGGACGAGUUAGAGAGGAGCGGGCUCCUCGACGGGAGCGAAAUAUUCCGCCGUAGAGCUGGGCCUGGCCGAGAUUACGGCGCCCUCGGCGCGGACGAUGAGGAUGCUGGCGCCUUGGAUCCGACCGGCUAUGGCAACGACGACUCGGACGACACCAGGCUGAAAAAGGCCUGGCUUCUCAACGCCGAAACCAGCAGGUUCUUGACGGACCACACAAUGUGGCUAUUUGCCAUUGGCUUCUGGCUCAUCAUCGGCCCUGGAGAGACAUUCAUAAACAAUCUCGGCACCGUCAUCGGAACACUGUAUUCCCCGAGUAUCCAGCCCAAACAAACAUCCGCGGCCACCCACGUCUCCAUCAUGGCGACGGUUAGCACCGUCGCCCGUCUGGUCGUAGCAUCGCUGAGCGACCUGCUAUCGCCCAGCCCCCAUAGCCAGCACAUUCAAACGGGGAUUCCGUCUUCACUUCCACUGUUACGACAACGGCUCUCUGUUUCGCGCAUAGUCUUAUUCGUAAUUUCUGCCGUUGUUUUAUCUGUCGGGACGGGCUUCCUAGCCUCUGGCGCGGUCCAGGAACAUGGAGAACGUUUCUGGGUCGUGUCUAGCUCGAUCGGAGCUGGGUACGGUGCAGUGUUCAGCUUGACCCCCAUCAUCGUUACGAUUAUUUGGGGAGUAGAGAACUUUGGCACAAACUUUGGCAUCAUCGCGCUCACGCCGGCUUUGGGUUCUACGAUGUGGGGUCUCCUCUACUCGGCGGCCUACCAGGCCGGUGCUAGAGAUUCACCUCCGUCGACGAUAGGGACUGGUGGCGACGAUGUAUUCUGCUUUGGCAAGAAGUGCUAUUCCUCGCCGUUCUGGGCCAUGACGGUCUCCGUCUGGAUCGGGAUCGCCAUGGUCCUUUGGGCAUGGAAAGGCCGGGACGGUUGGUCUAAGAGAGGCAUUAUCAUCUAGAACGGUAUCCUGCCCCGGGGGGCACUAGUGGAGUCGGGCAAUAAUUAAGUGUCCCCGCGGGACGGGGCACCGAGCUUCUCGAUACCCAAGUGAACCGGGGGCUUACGCAAAGUAUUGCACGAAAGCGAAAUCCUCGCCUCGAAUAAACCUUCGUUACGUUUGCUCUCACAAUAUUUCGGGAGUCUCUCAUAAUAUCCGGCUACAAGCAGCAAUGGAAGAACCACAAUUCACACAAGAAUCUAUCCAAACACGUAUCAAAAGCACUAGGCACCGGGGUAGGAUUUUUUACGGCAUAGAGGAGAAUGUAUCUAGGUAGACAGCAACGGGGCGGAGGGUAU